CGCUACAAAAUUAGUAUGUUGUUUCAAUUUUUUUCUUGUUGUAAAACGCCCGUUGAAUCGCACUCUUGUGUCCGUAUUUUCCAUUGUUUCAAUUUUCGCAAAGUAACGUUCGGUCCACGUUCUCUCAGGUACAUCGACGAACUGACCCAAAGUGACCGGACUGAAGAAAUAUUGGCGGGCAGCUUGGCAGUACAGUGUUGCACGAUCGACGCGCCGCUCAACGGGUGCUAUUGUGCCCGUAUCCUUGGGCUAAACCUUCUAUGUGUAGCGGCCCAGAGGGUACAGUCUCAGAUGGGUGAUAUGGUAGCUGCACUUGUUAAGGGAUCGGAAGAAGAGGAAAAUUGGAUACUCGCUGAAGUGGUACAGUUUAAUCCUACAGCGAAUAAAUACGAAGUCGAUGAUAUUGACGAAGAGCAGAAAGAUCGACAUAUUCUUUCACGACGUCGUGUCGUACCAUUACCUUUAAUGCGAGCUAAUCCAGAGACCGAUUCACAUGCACUUUUUCCAAAAGGCUCUAUAGUAAUGGCACUUUAUCCACAAACAACAUGUUUCUAUAAAGCAGUUGUGAAUCAAUUACCAAAUUCAGCAAUGGAAGAGUAUGAGGUACUGUUUGAAGACGCAACGUAUGCUGAUGGAUAUUCACCACCAUUAAAUGUGGCGCAACGUUAUGUAAUUUCAAUUAAAGAAAGUAAAAAAAGUAAGAGCCAAUCCUAACAUACAUACUCAUAAUGCCAUUGCGAUUUAACAACCUACGUCGAAUAGAUAAUGGCAAUGUAAAAGAUUGCUGAAAAAGGAUAAUGUAUAGUGAUUUGUUCCAUUUAUUAAUAAAUAAUAAGUUUUUAAAAAAAUAUCAACAUUCAUGUUAUUCAAAUGGAUAUAUGCAAAUAAUACAUGCCUUCAAAACACGUUCGUGUAAAAAGCUUUGCCAAGUACAGCAUUACUGUGAAUUCACCUCAUUAAAAAAUUUCGUUAUAAUUCGAUAUACAAAAAUUUUUAUAUCUCACUAUGCCAAAUACAUAAGUCACUGGGUAUCUACUUAUUUUAUAUCAUCUAGCACUAGCUCAUUGUCUUUGUGGAAUUACCUGUGACGUGCAGAGCGUUAUUACACGCCUAGCGCAGUUAAUCUCCCGCGCUAUACGUGGAAGUUUUUUUUUAUUCUUGUUUAAGUAAAUUCUCGUCUUCCGUCCUAUA